CAUUGAAACGAGGUCAAAAGUCAAAACACAAAAUGGUGGCCUCCUCUGCGGCUAUACUGCGAGCUUCUGGACUCCGCCGAUGGGGUCAGCUGCCAGGCUCUCCAAAGCUAUGGUCUGGUGGCCGGGUCUCGUGGGCACCUGCCCGGAGGACAGCGACCUGGCGCCUGGAGCCCGCGGGCCGCUGCGGCUGGGACGAGCCCGUGCACAUCGCGGUGCACGGCCUCGCGCCGGGACAGCAGGUCACGCUGCGCGCGUCCCUGCGCGACGAGAAGGGCGCGCUCUUCCGGGCCCACGCGCGGUACCAAGCGGACGCCGGCGGCCUCCUGGACCUGGCGCGCGCGCCCGCGCUGGGAGGCAGCUUCACGGGGCUCGAGCCCAUGGGGCUGCUCUGGGCCCUGGAGCCCGAGAAGCCCUUGAUGCGGCUGGUGAAGCGGGACGUGCAGACGCCCUUCGCGGUGGAGCUGGAGGUGCUCGAGGGCCACGAGCCCGACGCCGGGCGGCUCCUGGGCCGGGCGGUGCUGGAGCGCGACUUCCUGCGGCCGGGGAUGCGGCGGGUGCCGGUGCGCGCGGGCCGGGUGCGCGGCACGCUCUUCCUGCCGCCUGUUUUGUGUUUUGCUUCUUCCAAAGAACCUGGGCCGUUCCCUGGGAUUGUGGACAUUUUUGGAGUUGGAGGUGGCCUUCCGGAAUAUCGAGCUUGUCUGCUGGCUGGCAAGGGUUUUGCUGUGAUGGCUCUGGCUUAUUAUAACUAUGAAGACCUCCCCCAGGGCAUAGAGACCCUCCACCUGGAGUACUUUGAAGAAGCUGUGAACUACCUGCUGGAUCAUCCUGAGGUAAAGGGUCCGGGAGUUGGGCUGCUUGGGAGUUCCAAAGGAGGUGAUCUCUGCCUCUCCAUGGCCUCGUUCCUGAAAGGCAUCACCGCCGCCGUCAUAAUCAAUGGCUCUGUGGCCAAUGUGGGGGGAGCCUUACACUACAAGGAUGAAACUUUGCCUCCUGUGGGCUUCGAGCAAAGUCGCAUCAAGCUGACCAGAGACGGCUUGGCAGACAUUCUGGAUGUGCUGAACAGCCCUUUGGAGGGACCUGACCAGAAGAGUUUCAUUCCUGUGGAAAGGGCUGAGAAUGCCUUCCUGUUCCUAGUAGGUCUGGAUGACCACAACUGGAAGAGUGAAUUCUAUGCUAAUGAGGCCUCUAAGCGCUUACAGGCCCAUGGUAAGGAAAAGCCGCAGAUCAUCUGUUACCCUGGGGCAGGGCACUAUAUUGAGCCUCCUUACUUCCCCUUGUGCCAGGCUUCCCUACACACCUUGGUGGGUGGUCCUGUCAUCUGGGGAGGGGAGCCCAGGGCUCAUGCCAUGGCCCAGGUGGAUGCUUGGAAGCAGCUCCAGACUUUCUUCCACAAACACUUGGGUGGGAGAAAGUUAGGCAGACUCUUGAAAACAUAACCCAGUAUUUGAAGGUUGUGAGUGUGAGACCAAUAUAUGCUAAAAAGUAUCUGUUAAAGUCAGUUCAUCUGAGGUAUUAUGCUAACGCUUUUGGGUUUUUAUUCCGUUCUCUUUAAAUAACAUUACUGUUAAAAAUAGUCUCUGUGGGGAAUAAGUUUAGGAAUUCCCUGAGCUUGCACCAAUGGGUUAACAAGGUUUAGGAUGAAAGUAUCCAAGAAAAGGUAAACAGGGCGAAAUUGCCUCCAGCAUAGUACAAAAGCAUAAGAAUGGGAAGCCACAGAAUGAAAGCGUCCAAGAUUAGGUCAACAGGGAAAAGCACUCCCAGCAUAGUAAAAAGCAGAAAGCUGCUUUCACAGGAAGGAAUGUCCAGAAUAGGUCAACAGGGUCAACAGGGUGACCUAGACAGCAGCAGGGUGAAGCUGCCCAGAGUGGAGCUAAUUAGCCAAAGAAAGGUGCCUUGUUGACCCUGAGGUAGCCUGCUGUAUCUGUCUUCUCCCUUAGGCAAGUUAAGAUAAACAGACACAGCGCCUCAUGCCUGUGUAAACAACCAUCUGCUCAGCGGAAAAGAUUUUGUUUUGUAUUGACCCAAACCCUUAACACUACAUAUCCUUGAAACCCCCUUUCUCUCACACAUAUGAGUUAAUGUUCAUGGUUUCAUGGUCUCUUUCUGCAUGUUCAUCACAUUUGUAAGCGUUCUGAUCCUAAUAAAAACAGAGCAAAGAUCCUUA